AUGAAAGUGCCGCUGAACAUGCAUGUUGCCCCCUUCACCUUCAUCCAGACGCUCCGCCAAAGUCUUCGCCUGCAUACUUUCACAAGCAACGACGGCGAUCGGCUGCCGGCCAUCUUCCUCGUUCCGGAAACGAUCUCCGCCACCGGGCGAAAGCUUCAGGUCUUCGUUGAUGGCACACCCAGUUGUCUGAUCCAGACGCCCCUUGCACUCGGGGGUUUCCAUCACCUAGAGGUAAGCAUCCUUGGGAACCUUCUGACGGUGAGAUUGGAUGGCCGUGAAGAGUGCGAACAGGAGGUGCUGGCCCGGACGGACUUCCCGGUGGCUGCCGCCUAUGCCGGGGGUCCCUGGGAUGCGCCUGCCAUGGUGGAGUUGCGCAACAUCCUCUACUCCCAGGAGAACCUUCCUGCCGUGCUGCCAAGCUGCGAAGAGGUGCGCUGCAGUCUUCCUCUGCCGGCCGUGCCAGGCUCCGACGAGGCUGCAGAAAUCGACACCUCCAGCUGUGCCUCAGCUAGGGCUGGCGCUGUCUGCACGGCCGUAGCGUGCCCACCAGGGAGCACUCUGACGGGCCGAUUCCGCUGCGGCACGGACGGCGCAUGGAGGCCCGAGCCCUUCGCGGAUGCUUCGGAGGUCCGUUGCGCGGAGCAGCUGUGCCCCCGAGUGUCUCCAAACACUUCAGGCUACGCGACUGAGUGCGUUGACCGCGCUGUCGGCUCUACCUGUCCGCUGGCCUGUCCGGCGGGUUACUUGAGCCAAAGUGGCUACCAAUGCGGUGAGACUGGGCAGUGGACACCCAUCCCUGGUGCUGCCGCGCCAGACUGCACGCCUGGGCCCUGCGGAGAGCCACCAGCGCUGAGCAAUGCCGUGACACCCGAGGCCUGCCGUGGCCUUCCAUCCGGUGGAACUUGUCCAGGUGAAUGCCAGCCGCCAUGGCAGCCCCUGUUCCAGUACCGCUGCUCAGCUCAGCGAUGGGUGGAGGUGCCGUUGUGCAUGCCGCCGGAGAUGCUGGGAAUCAACGGAACAACGGUGGAAACAGUUCCUGCCGUUACUCUGAGCACUCUGCUGGAGCCCAGCGGCGACCUCCGGGUCUUCUACACCCUGGAGGAUUGGACCUCCCUUGCCGAGGGGUCCCUUCAGCUAUCCAUGCAGCGGUUACUUAUACAAGCGGCCCCGGCGACCGCGCCGCUGGCCGUGCACAUCCUCGGGAAACUCGCCGAGCAAGACACCAACACGGGCGGGCGGCGAGUGCAGAGUGUCGCGGAGUUGAAGCCGGCUGCCUGGAAGGUGCAGCUGCAGUUGGCGAUCGUUCCAAACGAGCUGGCAACCGCAGCCGCCUCGCAGGCAGUCCUCGUGGAAGCUUUGCCGACACGGAAGCCUCGCAGCAGCUUCGAGGAUCAAAGUCUUGCUCAGAUUGAUAGGCCCCAGUUUGCGACAAUGUUUGAGAUCAUGGUUGCAGCACUGAUUUUGUUGAUGGCAGCUGUGGCAGUGACUAUCGCGUUUGGGAUGAUUCGGGUUGAGAUAUCCGUGAAGUGGCGACCAGGGCGGCCUCUAGUGAGCUCGCAGCAGAAAUACCAGGUAAGGCCAGCCAUCAAGACUCACAAGCGCAAAUUCGUCAAAGGGUCCAGCCAGUUGCUGUGCCGCUGGAGGAAGCUGUUGUCUCAGCACAGGCAACACGAUGAGGGGCCGCACCAACUGUGCUGGAAGACUUCGCAAUGUGCAGGUAUUCUUGUGACAGAUAGUCCUCCGACAGCUCCUCCGACAGACGAACAACAACUGCACGUCAUCCAGCUCCUGCAUGCUUUCGCUGCAGCGGAGGAUGCCACAACAGCUGCCAUUGCCCUUGAUGUCUUGCAGGCUCUUCCUGAGUGCAAGGAUUCAGCGACCCUCGAUGCAAUCUUGGAGGAGCUAGUCAGCUACAAGUCAAUCAUCAAUCGGCUUGUUCAAAUCUAUCUGCUAUCACGGACAACCUGCCCUUCCGGCACACAGGUGUCCGAGAUUCGAAGAUUGGAGUUGCCAGGGGCAGAGUGCUAUUCCGCGAAUCCCAGCCUUCUGUUGAAGGAGGAGAUUGCCGGAAAGCUGCUAGUGUUGCUGGCAGACUGCGCUUACCAAAGGGCGGAGACUAGGAAACCCGGAGAGGCCAUCGAUCACCUAACAAGGGUCGAUGACACAGAGGUGCUGCAAGAAGUGCUUGUCGGGCUCGAGUCAUGGCCCUUCGUCGGCAUUAGCAUCGGCUGGUCCCGCAUCUUGAAGGCAGAAACCUUUCUCAAGAAGCAUGUUCCAACUGAACCCCCUGCCGGACAAGCUAGAAGACACGAUUCCUUACAGUUAACGUGGCGCAUCAAUCACUGGCUGGAUGAAAACGGGCAUGGAGGCAACGCCGAACGCAUGAUGCAGCAGGCUUGUUUGAGAAUGCUUCAGCACAAGUCCUUUGAUAACCGGUGCCUGUCCAACUUGCAAUGGGGGCUUGCUCACUGGCGCUUCUCUUCCAUCUCGCUCUCCUACACGAGACUGUUGAAGGCUAAGGCCUUUUUGGAAUGGCAUGCUAGAGCAACGUAG